AUGGAUGGAAAAAGUAAAACCUAUUGGGUUGAUAAGGAUGAUGAUGUAACUAAUUCAAUUUCUAAUGGCUUUAUGACAGAAGAUUUAAUGUCUUCAUAUUUUUCUCCAUCAGAGAUGGAUGAUGAUGAUGAUCAAGAAGAAUCAACCUCUUCAACUUCUAAUUUAUCAUCUUCAUCUUCAUCAAAUUUAAAUGGUCCUUUAUAUGAAUUAUCAGAGCUCAUGAACCAUCUUCCUAUGAAGAGAGGGUUGUCUAUGUUUUAUCAAGGAAAGGCACAAUCUUUUGGUUCAUUAGCAAGGGUGGAAAGUAUACAAGAUCUUCCUAAAAAAGAGAAAGUAAAUUACAAAAAUAAAGUGAAAUCAUGCAAGAAUUUUGGUUUAUGCACUCCAAAGGCAAAAAUUGCAAAGAAAUCUUCAAGAGGAUCUUCUUUAUCAGUAACAAUUUCUGGAAGAAGGAGUUUCGUUGGAGAGUCUAGCUAA